UAUGUAUAUAUAUAUAUAUAUAUAUAUAGUAUAAAGCAAAAAGAACACGUACGAAUAUACAACAAUCAUUUAAAUUAAAUAAGCUGAGUUAGUCUGGUGUAUUGUGUAAAAGAAGACCAUUGCCAAGCCUUUGAGAUUGAGUGUUAUAUGUGACUUAUCAAGAAAAAUUUUGACACACGGCACACACACACAUACAUAAUCGUUUCAUAGACGUAGUACAUAUGUAUAUGCAUGCGAGUGAAAAUUGCAAGUAACAAGCAGGUGUGUGUGCGAGUGUGCGUGUGUGUGCAAAUGCUCUUUCGAUAAUUUACGCGCCUUGUCACACAGUCAAACAAAAUUGUUGGUUUCACCUUUGCCACCUGCUUAUACAAAAUGCCGAUACUUGCCUAUAAGGAACAGCGCAUUCUCAGCCCCCAGCAACUGCGCAAGCUAAGCGAACACAAAUACUCAUGCUUCAGCGCAAGCCUGCUGGAUCCCUUGCUGCAGCCCUGGUGGAAUUGGUUGGUCUCCCAAACGCCACUUUGGCUGGCACCCAAUCUGAUAACAAUCGUCGGUCUAAUACUCAACAUUGUUACAACGCUGAUAUUAAUUUGCUAUAGUCCAAAUGGGGUUGAACCACCGCCACGUUGGACCUGCUUUCUCUGUGCUCUGGGUCUGUUCGUCUAUCAAAGUCUAGACUCAAUUGAUGGCAAGCAGGCGCGACGUACCAACACGUCAUCGCCGCUUGGCGAACUUUUCGAUCAUGGCUGUGAUUCCAUAUCAACUAUAUUUGUGGCGCUUUCGGCGUGCAUAUCCUGUCAACUGGGUCACUAUCCAAAUUGGCUUUUCUUUCAGUGCUUUUGCGCCAUUGCGUUGUUUUAUUGCGCACACUGGCAGACGUAUGUAUCUGGAACGAUGCGCUUCGGCCGCAUCGAUGUAACUGAGGCUCAAUUCUCCAUUAUUGCUAUACAUUUGGUUUCGGCCGUGCUGGGACCCGAGAUUUGGCUGACGAAGAUGCCAAUCGUGGGAGUUUCAUGGAAUUAUACAAUAUUAGUAUUUAUCACAUUCGGUUAUACGUUGAAUAUAAUCAAUUUUCAAAAAAUGUUUAUUGAAGGCGGCAGUGGUAAAAACGGCUCAUCAGUUGCUAUGCCUUAUCUUGAGUGUGAAACACGCUGCUUGCCGUUUUAUAUGGCCAGUGGAGUUGACUUCAGUUUAGCAUUACGUUACUCAAAAUCCAUUUUAAACGAGGGCUGUGGGAAGAAUGGAUCAUCUGUUGCAGGAACCAGUGUACUAUCGCCUAGUAUACCGCUGACACUUGUAGUGCUGCCCGCGCUGAUGAUAGCGCAAAAGUCGCCGGAAAAUAUUUUUACGGAGCACGCUUCAGUUUUUAUUCUGGCUUUUGGCAUGGUGGCGGCCAAAAUUACCAACAAGCUGGUGAUAGCGCACAUGACCAAAGCGGAGAUGGAGUAUCUGGACUGGUCGCUGCUGGGUCCUGCUUUAUUGUUCCUGAAUCAGUACUUUAACUGUAUUGUACCAGAGAUUUGGCUGCUUUGGUUUACGCUAGCCUGGGGCACACAGGAUCUUCUGCGCUACUGUGCGCAGGUUUGUCUGGAAAUUUGCCAGCAUCUGCGCAUCGAUCUAUUCAGAAUACCGUAUAGCCCAAAGGUGUCAAAUACCUCUUCGGUGGGAAGCCAGAGCAACGUUGGAGCUGACAAAAAUGGUGGCACAUCACAUAGAAAGUCGAAAAGCAAAGCGCACUAGAUCAAUGUUCGCUCCGGUUUCAUGAAAAUUCAUAUAUUUUUCAAAUAUUUACGGUAUUAGCGAAAGCUAAACAAAUUUUAAACUCAACCCAACAAAAUUUACCGUCGAAAUGUUAAAACAUAACAAAUUAUAGCAUAAUUAAUUUAUAAAUGUUGUAACAAAAAAACUGGAGGCAGACCUAUAUCAAUUAUAUGCAUAUAUUACAAGUAUAAAUAUAUUUUAUAUAAUUCUGUAAAUUGUAAUAUAUACAGUUUUUUAUGCUGUGCUAGAUGUUUCAUAGUGGAAAAAAAAAAAUAAAAAUAUAAAUCAAAUGCCAAAAAUAUCAUUUUUGGCGUACUCAAAGCUCAAUUUAAGGUUAAGUCCAAGUCAAUGAAAAUUCAUUGUUAGGAUUUCCUUUAUUUAAUGAUUGGAUUUUAUUGAGCGUGCGCCUGAUUCUGAAUAAUCUAUUUAUGUUAUUUGCGUACUAUAAAAUGUUAUGUAGAAAUAUUAGCGCUUAAUUUCCUACUCACUGAGUAAUUAGAUAUAAUUACAUUGUAUGUAUGUAUCUAUGUAACGAUGUCAACUCUGAAGUAUAGUAACUUAUGUAAAGAAUGUAAAUUGCCUUUAUACAUUCUAAAUGGUAACUCAUUUCAAAAAGCAAAAUUGUUUAUUAUUUACUGAUUGGUUUUGACUUAAAGUGUACACCCAAAUUUGCACCGAUUUAAAAUAUUCGAGUUGACUAUUAUCUUAUGUUUGAACAGAUAAACAAUGCGUAAAAUGCAAAAAUAAAACGACUAAAAAUGGGA